AUGUCACAUAUUGCUAUCCUUGAGGCCGACACCCCAAUGCCUUCGGUUGCCGAGGUACAUGGGAGCUAUGGAGAUAUAUUCAAGCGACUUCUUCUUAAUGCUAAGCUUGAUCCAAAGUCGGUCAUCAAAGCUUAUGAUGUGGUCACGAAACAAGAGUAUCCUAAUAGUCUAGAUGGAGUGGAUGCUAUCCUCAUCACUGGAUCCAAGCACAAUGCAUUUGGUGAUGAUGAGUGGAUUAUCAAGCUUGUUAAUUUUACUAAGCAGGCUAUUGAUGCUGGAAUAAAAGUAGUCGGUACGUAUAGAAUCUACAGCUGGUUUCCUGCAUCGUAUAGUUAG